ACCUAACCGGUAGUGGAGCCAAGAUCAGCGAAACCGCGGCACCCAACCCCAACCCAAACCACCAGACCGGCGGCGGCGGGGGCGACCUAAGGCGAGAACACGAGCGAAACCAGAGAGGGGGCGAUGGCGACGGCGACGGCGCUCAACCGCGGCCUCCGCUCCGGGAUCCGCCUCCUCGCCACCGGCGCUGAGGCCUCCAAGACAGAUUCUCGUGGAUUCCAUGCCACUGGUGUGAAGAGGAUGGGAGGGCAUGGCCAUGAUGAGCCCUACUACCUCCAUGCCAAGCACAUGUACAACUUGCACAGGAUGAAGCACCAGAAGCCGAAGGUGUAUCUUUCCGUGCUGGGAGCAGUUGGCAUUGGCAUCGCAGUCCCAGUUUAUGCGGUUGUUUUCCAGCAGAAGAAGACCGCCUCCGGAUAAGCUCUCUAAGUGCUACAUAAUGAACUUACUUUCUAUAGCACUCCGCGAAGUUAAAAUUGGGACUUCACUUUAAAUUGGUUAUUGCUUGUUACUCCAUUUUGCACUUGCCUGAAGUUGUAAGCUCCUUUUCAUGGCGUUUGAUGUAGGAAUACUGCUAUUUUCUGUUAAUAAUAUCAUGGCAUGAACUUUCCUGGCUGUGGAGAAACCAGGCAGCGUGAUCACAGUUGUUUUAACUCAUAUUUUUUUUUAUUUCUUAUUGUGAUUGAAAUUGAUAGUUGGAAUUCAUGUUUACUACUUGUUUA